AUGCUCCGCCUUAACCCAUCCCUCGCCUCCUUCCGUCAAAUUCAAGCCACGCGCGCCCGUCCCCUCACUUCCCGCUCCCCUCUCCGCGCCUCCUCUCCCCACUCCGCCUCUGCUCCCCCUCCGCGCGGCCGCCCGUCACUCCCAUCUGCGCUCCCCCUCACACUGGCUCGCAAACCAUUUCCCGCGUAUUUUCGCGAAGGCGGCAGUAGAGGCGCGCACGCUGCGGCGGUGACGGCGGAAGAGGACUACGAGGUGGUUACCGUGGAUCUCGCGAAAGGGGAGCACAAGUCGGAAGAGUUCACGAAGAAGCAGCCGUUUGGAGUGAUUCCCUAUCUCGAUGACGGGGAGGUUCAGGUCUUCGAAUCGCGUGCCAUCGCUCGUUACAUCGCCGAGAAGAAUUCCAGCCAAGGCACCGACCUUCUCGGCUCCACGCUCAAGGAGCGCGCGCUGGUGAACCAAUGGUUGGAGGUGGAGGGGCAGAACUACAGCCCGCCCCUCUCAGCGCUGAUCGCGGAGAAAGUGUUCAAGCCCAUGUUCGGUGGGGGCGAGCCCGACUUGGCCAAGGCGGAAGAGCUCAAGGCAAAGUUCUCCAAGGUGCUUGACGUGUACGAAUCCCAUCUGGGCAGCAACGAGUACCUGGCGGGGUCCCAUUUCUCCCUGGCAGAUCUGUCUCACCUGCCCUACACGGCUCUGCUGUGGGUGUCAGGGGAUUCGGAUCUGAUCACUUCGCGUCCCAAUGUGAACAAAUGGUGGGAGAGGAUUUCCUCGCGCCCUGCAUGGAAGAGAAUUUCCGCGCUGUAG